UUGGACGUCGUUGGCUACAAGCUAAUGGUAAAGUAUGAUUUUCACUCAUUUAGAACUCUGCAAUCGAUUACCUCGAGGAUCGCAACGAUUCGUCGGCGGUUAUGCAGGUUUUGGGAGACAUGUAGGAUGCCGAAUUUGAAGAUUAUUAGCUGGAUUCGACUGUCGUUCGCGUGCGUCGAUUUCCGGUGGGGCGGGAUGAUCUUCAAUCGGCUGGCGAAUAUGUUUGAAGGGGAGGGGAACAUCUUGCCCAAGUACAGCGUCGAUGGAAAUCUGUCGUUGACGCUCUGCUUGGAGACUUACGUCUUGGAGAAUUUCAAGAAGACGUUCUACGAAGUGAAUGGGUGAAGAAGAAGAAGAAGACGACGUUCUACGCAGUGAAUGGUUGAAGAAGAAGAAGAAGAAGGAGGGAAUUUGAUUCUGGGUUGGAGUUAAUUUGCUUGAUUCGUGUUUCUUCUAAUAACAGCUCUCGAUUGAUUCUCGGUCGGUCAACAAUCAGCAUUACCAUCUCCUGUUUAGAUUAAAAAUAAGGUGAAAAAUAUUAAAUUAAAUUAAAUUAAAUUUAUUUUAUUAUUUUAAUUGUCACGUCGCACAUUUAAUAGUUAACUAUAAAAGUUGACUGUCACAUAAGCAAGAGUAAACGGAGUUGGACGGAGAGUGACCAAACUUGAACCAUUUAAAUAAUUUGAGUGACCAAGAUUGGAUUUAAAUAUUUCCAGUGACCAAAGUUGAACGUUUUUUGUAAUCUUAGUGACCAACCAUGCAAUUAACCCCAAUAAAUUUACAUAUAAUUU